AUGGCGUCGCCUGGCCUUCAGAGCCACUACGACGAUGCAAAUCCUGCAGAUCAGGAACCAUUACCGCAGCUGGAUGAUAUCAAGGUUGAUUAUCAUCCUCACAGCCAGAUUCCGUCCACCAUUCAUCAUUUUGCCGAUUUCUCUCGCACACGUCCCACAGAAGCUUCAGUACCUUGGAAUCACGCACCAUGGGAACCAUUCCGAACACGGCUCGAUUUUGAGGUCGCGGAAAUCGCCCUUGAAGCUGCACUCAACGCAGAUCAAACCAAUCGUCUGCUUAGUCUCGUUCAUCGUUCCGCACGUAGCGACGAAACCUUUACACUACGAAACCAUGAUGAAGUCCGGGAGUUGUGGUCAACCGCUUCCCAACGCUUCACUCCGUUUCAAGUUGAUGUAGUUUCGGUUCCGUAUAAAAACAAGGUGCACGAGUUUGAUAUGCACUAUCGUCCUCUUUGGGAAUGGGCUCUUGAUAUGUUGCGAGAUCGACGUCUUGCGCCGCACUUCGUAUUUGAUGCACAGCGCCUAUAUAAAUUCAAUGGUACGCGUUUUGUAUGCUUUAUUGAUGAACCUUGGACUGCCGACGCAUUCUGGGAUGCACAGGCAAAGCCUCUCGCUUUUAUAUUGUAUGCAGACAAGGCAAAAUUAUCCUCUUUCGGUACCCAGAAAGCCUAUCCGAUUGUUUGUCGGAUCGCAAACCUGCCUGUCGAAAUCCGGAAUGGUACUGGUCUUGGUGGUGGCCGAAUUGUAGGUUGGCUGCCUAUUGUGUCAGAGGAUCCGGAGCAUGCAGGAAAAAGCAGCUUCGUGAACUUCAAGAAUGCCGUUUGGCACGAGUCCUUUUUAAAACUUUUAGAAUCCGUCAUACAGAUCUCGAGGACAGGAUAUUGGUUCGAGUGUGGUGACGCCAUCCGGCGCCUGCUGUGGCCCUUGAUUUUGAUUCUGAGUGCCGACUAUGAAGAACAAUGUGUUAUGGCAUUGAUUCGUGGACUGAAAGGUAAAUUUCCCUGCCCGAUCUGCUUGGUUCCUCGAGACAAGCAAUCCGUCUUAUCUCACGAACUUCAAUUACGGACAAGCGCUGAGUCUGAGGAGACCCUUCGGUUGGCCCGCGCGAAGAAAUCUAAGAAGGAGAGGGAAAACUUACUUAAAACUUACUCGCUGCGUGACGUUGAAAAUGUCUUCUGGAGAAUGCUGCUCACUGACAUUCACCGAGCGCUCUCCUUUGAUCGCAUGCAUGUGCAUCAUGGAGGGCUUUGGAGGCACCAUCUGUGGAAGGAGCUGCAGUUCUGGAUACUUGAAUUAGGGCGAGAAGCUGUUGCGGAGAUGGAUGCAAACUAUGAUGCUUUUCCGCGGUGGUCUAACCUGACGCACUUCUCGAAGGUAGUUGGAGUUGAUUUCAAUGACAGCUUGCAUCACGAGGACAUAUUGAAGAUGGCUAUCUUUGCGGCGCAAAGGAUCCUCCGCCGUUCACAGAGUAAGCUCGGCUAUCUCCUUCUGCGAUGCAUACGCCACUAUAUCGAUCUCGACAUUUACGCUGGAUUUGAGGUUCACACUGAAGGUACAAUAUCUGCAGGAAGACAAGCUCUGCGGGAUUUUUCAGCGCUGAUGGAGGAGUAUAUUCUCAAAUCACAGCCUGUAACAGGCAAGGACUGGAAUUUCCCCAAGAAACACGCAAGUUCGCAUCUAUUCGACGAUAUCUUGGUGAAAGGCGCGACGCGAAACUACAACACAAAACCGAAUGAGAAGAUGCACGGCCCCGUGAGGGACAUCUACCACAAUCGAACGAAUUUCAAGGACGUCGCUACACAGAUUCUUCGCUAUGAUCAUUGGUUACUAACCUCAACAUCAAUGCGCUCUGAACUCGACGAGUUGGACGAGUACAAUCGGAAAGCCAACCUCCCAACAACAGAAGACGCAGACGCAGAAAAUCCUGUGAUUUCUGUGGCCCCAGCUCCCUGCACUCACGUAAAGUUAGGCUCGGCGCAAGGUGACAUCUCAUUUGCAAGUCUCGAGCAGUCACACGCAGACGACAGGGCCUUUGUUGGUUUUCGAGUCAAACUCAAUGGCUUCCUGAACACAUUCUUCCCCAGUAACGACAUUCCUUUACCAGAUGGCAAGCACAUUCAUUUGCAGGCUGACAACAAGAUUACCGGAUACAAAUAUCUGCAAGUCAACUACGAGUCUAUGGUCAACUGGUGCCAGUGCAGAGACCUCCUUCGAUGCAACCCCGAGUUCUUUGGAUCUCCGCGAUAUGAUUGUGUUAUGGUUCAAACCAACAAUCAACCAUUUUUUGCUCACCUUAUCUUCAUGUUCGGUUGCUCGAUUGGCCAAACCAAUCUCUCACUGGCGCUCAUACAUCCAUAUGAUGUCGGAAUCGGUGUCCGUAGCAAGCAUGACACUGAGCUGGGACUAUGGCGUGUACGAGCCAAACCUCGGUCAUCUCCCGAAUUCAUCUCUGUAAGGUCGAUUAUCCGAGGGGCUGCGCUUGCCAGUGAUCCUGGGAGACAAGGCGAUUACUUCGUCAUCGACACGGUUGAUGCAGACAUGUUUCUUCGGCUCAAGUAUCUGCAAGCUUAA